AUGGAUUUCUCUUCUUACGGUCCACUAGCAGUUUCAGGGAUGAUAGCACUAGUGCUGCUGUACAAUUUAUGGAGGGUGAGAGAACAUCAUAGGUACAGAAGUAAUAAGCACUUGUUAGCACCAGAGCCAUCAGGAGCCUUGCCAAUUAUAGGUCACCUCCAUCAAUUAGGACCAAAAAAAACAUUUGCUCGAAACUUGGCCACCAUGGCUGAUGAAUACGGUCCCAUCUUCACAAUCCGGCUUGGAAUGAACCGUGCUGUUGUGGUUAGCAAUUCUGAGGUAAUUAAAGAGUGUUUCACGACAAACGACAAGGUUUUGGCUUCACGGCCUAAAUCAAGUCAUGGAGAGUUUCUGAAUUACAACUAUGCAUCAUUUGGUGCUGCACCGUAUGGCCCUUAUUGGCGUGAGAUAAGGAAGCUGGUCUCAAUUCAACUCCUUUCCAGCAAUAGGCUCAAGUCAAUGAAAGAUGUUCAGGUCUCGGAGGUGAAUUCCUUAAUCGAAGACAUGUACAUGUUUUGCAAGACCAAUGAUGAGCAGGGUUCGGUCAAGAAUAUUGUCAUUAGUGAAUGGCUCGAGCAAUUAACAUUAAAUUUGAUCACAAGAAUGAUUGCGGGGAAGAGAUAUUUCAGUAAUGCCAAUGCUGAAGAUGAAAAAGGGAAAAGUAUUGGAAAACUUAUGAAGGAGUUCAUGUAUAUUUCUGGCGUACUUGUCCCUUCAGAUGUAAUUCCAUUUCUUGGAUGGAUGAAUAAUUUCUUUGGAGCAGUGAAAACUAUGAAGCGUCUUUCGCGGGAACUGGAUUCCCUGAUGGAAAGUUGGAUUCAAGAACACAAAUUGAAGAAGACCGAACAUGUUGAAAUCUCCGAGAACGAGCAGGACUUCAUUGAUGUGAUGCUAUCUGCAAUCCAGGAUGAUAUUAUGUUCGGUCACAAGCGUGAAACCAUUAUCAAGGGGACAGCAAUGACUCUAAUCCUAGCGGGUGCUGAUACCACAUCUAUUACGUUGACAUGGAUCAUGUCGAAUUUGUUGAACAAUCGACAUGUAUUGGAGCUUGCCCAAGAGGAGCUAGACCUCAAAGUUGGCAGGGAGAGAUGGGUAGAGGAUUCUGAUAUUGGGAACUUAUUGUACAUCCAGGCCAUUGUUAAAGAAACAUUACGCCUAUACCCCCCAGGUCCCGUAUCAGUUCCUCAUGAGGCAAUAGAAGAUUGUUGUAUCGCCGGAUAUCAUGUACCGAAGGGGACUCGUUUAUUUGCAAAUUUGUGGAAGUUGCAUCGAGACCCUAACAUUUGGUCUAAUCCAAAUGAGUUUUUGCCAGAAAGGUUUCUCACAAAUCAAGCAAAUGUGGAUGUUUUUGGUCAACAUUUUGAGCUGAUCCCAUUUGGCUCAGGGAGACGGUCAUGUCCUGGGAUCACAUUGGCAUUGCAAGUCACGCACCUGACGCUUGCUCGAUUGCUUCAAGGAUUCAGCAUCACAACACCCAUGAAUGUGCAGGUGGACAUGGCUGAAGGAUUAGGUAUAACCUUACCUAAAGCAACUCCCCUGGAAAUUCAGAUCACCCCACGCCUUUGUUCUAAACUCUAUGCUUGCUAG